CCAGGAAAAGGCGCGGGUUCUAGACUUGACUCCAGUCCCUCUCGUUUCCCUAUUUUCAAGAUGGCGGACGAAUUUCAGUGAAAGUGACAUUCCUCUAUUAUAUGAAUAACUAUGGACGAGUUCGGUUACAUUACUAGUGCCGCUGAGCUUCAAAAACUAAAGAGACAACCAGCCACUCUACCUCCAAGCUGGGGACUUAAGGCCUCUUUCCCGUCAUGGACUGAAGAGGAGCAAGCCAGUGUGGAAUCCCUGAUAAAGGACCAUGCUGCUGUUCUGAAUGAAGAGAGGGUUGUUAAGAGAGGGAAUCUCUCAGUUGGCAUUUGGGUUCCUGAAAAGGCUAUGAUAAAAAUUGAAGCGGCAAGGGGAACGCAUUGGAAUCAUUUUGGAGUAGCUAUUAAUAGUGUCUUGUGGGCUGCACCGGAAGAGGCCUUGUUCCUCUUAGAACAGGGUUCCUUGGAGCUUUACUAUGGAGGGAUGCCAUUAACACUUCAGCAGGCAUUUUCCAUUUUACUACCCCACAUGUUUACUCUUGAUCAUUAUAUUGUCUAUGCCUACUUAUUGAGGCUGGGAUUCAUUGUUGUCAAGCAUCAGAAGAAAUCUUUCAAGGGUUCCAGGCAAUCCAAUGCAACAGCAGAUGAGAAGGGCGAUAGAUCAACUGAUGUAUCUUCAAGUAGUAUUCAAGUGAGUGAUACAAUCAUGUCAAGUCCUGCAGCUUGUCUUUGGAAAGAUGAAUCAGGAUGCAAGCCACUUUUAAGACCCAGUGAUGCCCGAUCAACAGCCGCUGUCUUAUCAAAGUUACAAGUUGUUAAGACACAAAGGAUGACAAGUACAGCUGCACAAGCCAGCAAGUACCUUAUUGCAUUUGACGUGUACCAGCCUGGAAGUGGGUACAAGAAAACAACCCCAGGUUCGCCAUACAUCUGUAUUUGCAUCUGCAGAUUCUUAGACCCAGUUCCUUCCCUUACCGAUAUAACCCACUUGACACAGAAAGCCCAUCCAACACCAGUGAAGUUUGCUGUGGUUAGUGGAGGAAACGUCUCUAUCUAUAGCUUCCUGGAUGCUGAUCUACCAACAUUUGUCAGCAAUGGAUAAAGACGGGAAUGCUGUGCUCACAGGUGACCUAGUGCUUCUGUGGUUUGCUGUGGUUAACAGAGACAGCGUCUCCACCUGUAGCUUGAUAAGUGAGGGCCUACCAACAUUUGUCAGCAAUAAUAAGAGACGGGAAUGCUGUGCUCACAGAUAACCUUGUGCCUCGAAGGUCUGCUUCGGUUAGCAGAGAGCAGAGCGGGCGUCUGCGGUUCUAUCAAAAUUGGUCAGCAGUGGCAGGGUUACCGUGGCAGGAGAUGAGUAAUGUCCACUUGAACAACUUUGAAGUCUGCGUUUGUCAGUGAAGAAACUAACUUCAGCACCUGAUCUAAAAAGAUCAGUAUGGCUAAACAUGGGAAUGCUGUGCACACAGGCAACCCUGCACGGAGGCCCAUUGUACUGUCUACCCUGGGUACCAGAGCCUCCAAACUUCUCUCGCCCAGUAACGCUCGUCGCGGCAUUUUGGCUGAGCGUCACUGGACGGGAGAAGUAAGAACAACGCCUUAUCCUCCACAAGGCAAAAGCUAUACAGAGCACUUCAAUAAAAA